AUGGCAAAAUUUCACAGCUACUAUGUACUGUGUCCUUUAAUUGAUCAAAACAGUUUUCUUGGAGUGAAUGUAGAUAGAGAAAAUGAAAAUGUUUUAGUUACGUUGGGCCGCAAUGUAGUGAACAAGUAUAGGUUAUCAGACCAAAAGCAGAUUGGAGGAUGGACAUCAAAGGAUCACAUAACAUCUGCUGUUAUAUAUGACACUGAACAAGAAUCAUACAUUGGUGUAUUCAAUAAAAAUACAAUUAAGGCCUGGAAAGAUGAGGGUGAAAACUUAGAUAAACUAAAAAAAUACAAAUUUACAGCAAACAUUCUAAAAGUGAUUCCUAGACAUAACCAAACAUCAUUGAUCAUAUUUGAGAAUGGAAAUUGUGCUUCACUUCCGUAUGGCAUUGAAAAUAGAAAGACAUAUGAAAGCAAGCUGUUCAUAAAGGAAUCGGAAACUAUCAUUGAAGUGGGUUCUUAUAAUUCAGACAAACAAGAAUAUAUUUGCUUUAUUUUAAAAAGUAAAAGUACAAAAAGGGAGAGAUAUGAAAUCCUCACCUGUGCUGUAAGAGAUGAACUGGGUGAUUUAGAAAAGGCAAAUGUUAUCAGAGAGAAAGUUUCAAGAACUGAUAAUGUUUUUGUGGUUGGACAAUUAGUAAAAAAUGACUUGGUGUUCUUUUUAUGGAACGAUUCAAAAUUGUCUGUGUACAAUCUAAUUACAAAAUCUUGGAAAAAAAUGGUUACUGUGCCGUGGAUAUCAACAUCAUCCUGUGUGUCUUUAGCUUGGAUGGGAGAAAACCAUUUGAUUUUAUUUGGUAGCAAUACAGACGAAGAUGGAGCUAUUCUAGUGGCAUUCAAUGUAAUUUUGGGAGUCGGUUCAUGCAAAUAUCCUAUGAAAAUGUACACAAAAGAUGCAAAGCUCUACUGUUUCAAUAAGAGAAUUAUUUUACAAGGAUCCAAUCAUAUAGCAAUGGUGCCAUAUGUUGUAGAAACUGAUAGAAACCUAUCAAGCUUACUGGGAUCCCAUGACAUAAUACCAGACAAUGUUACAGAAAUUGCAGAUUGGGGAACACCAACAGUUCCAUUAUUUCCAGUUGGAAAUGUUAUAAAAGAUUUAUGGACCAAAGGUUUAACAGAACGCAACCUUUGUGCACAAAUUAUACCUUUAUUAAUCGAAAAGAAUGACCUUAAAGGCAUUCUAGAAGUUCUAAAUGAGUUUAAAGAUAUACCUGAAUCUGUCAUAGUCUCAUUAUUAUCCUACGCUAUUAAGAUAAUAAAUCCAAACAGCAUUGAUGUUACUGAUGAAGAUGCAGUGCAAAAUUUGUGCUUUAGUGAAGAAAACAAAGAAAAAAUUGAGUUGCUGAAGUAUCUCUUACAAAUUUCAUUCAGCGAUGCCAUUAUAAUACCACAUUUAAGAAAUAGCUUUACUUUGUCUGGUGCCUUGUUUUUAAUUAGUUUCAUUGUACACGUAAUAAACGAUUUGGAAAUUCAUAUAGUUUAUGAAAGUAAAUUAUAUGACUGGUGUAUUCUGUUGAUGGAUACAUUUUAUCAACAAUAUUUAAUAACGAAGGACAAUAAAGUAACUUAUGUUUUAGACAAAUUGCAAAAAUUAACUGUAAGUCUCAUAGAUAAUUUAAAUACCAUAAACAAGGCUAUGCCUGUUGUAGAUAAACUUAUCCAUGGUAACCAAGUUCCAGAAGAAAAGGCACUGUCGUCAUAUACAAUUGAAUUGAUAAAUAUAUGA